AUGUCAUCCCAGCCGCUCAUCCCGCGGCUCCAGCCCGAAACGCCCGAUCUGCAGCGCUCAAAGCGCCUCCAACUGGUAUCUACCAUCCUCGUCGCGCUGCUCUUGGUUGGCGGGACGAUAUUCAUUGGGCUCGUAGGGGAGAAGGUCCCUACCGACCCAAAUGAGCUAGCAGACUACUGGCUAAAGACUUCGCCUGUCAUUGAUGGGCAUGUGGAUCUGCCUAUCUUGGUGAGAGAGGUGUAUGGGAACAAUGUGGACAAGGUGGAUUUGAACAAGAAUAUGCCCGGUCACUUUGACCUCCCCCGAGCUCGGAAAGGCCGGAUGGGCGGAUUCUUUUGGUCCAUCUUCGAAGACUGCAGGGAAGAAGCUGGUCCCGACUUCCUGAACGCAACCAACACCGUCAGAGAUACCCUCGAGCGGAUUGACGUCGCCCUGAACCUUAUCGACAAGUACCCCGACUUCACGCUUUGCCGGACCGCCGCGGACGUCAUGUGGGCUAUCAAGGAGGGCAAGAUUGCCAGUCUGCUCGGUAUGGAGGGAGCGCACAUGCUGGGCAACUCGCUCGCCGCGUUGCGUAUGUACCACCUCCUCGGCGUGCGGUACCUGACCCUCACACACGGCUGCAACAACGCAUUCGCCGAUUCCGGCGGGGUCUUUGCGGCCGUCAAGCCCAAGUGGGGCGGUCUGAGUCCGCUCGGGAAGGAGCUGGUCAAGGAGAUGAAUAGGCUCGGGGUCUUGGUGGAUCUCAGCCAUGUCAGCGACGAUACCGCGCUCCAGGCCUUGGAAAUCACGAGAGCACCAGUCAUCCUCUCCCACUCCGACUCGCGCCACUUCAACAACCUUAGCCGGAAUGUACCGGACCAGAUCCUCGAUAAGAUCGGGCAUGGGAAAGGCAAGACGGACGGUGUAGUCAUGGUCAACUUCUACCCGACCUUUGCGUCGCCGGACAAGAAGGCGAAUGUCUCGACUAUCGCGGAUCAGGUGGAGUACAUCGCUCAGCGCGUUGGACGGAAGUACGUGGGUAUCGGCUCAGACUAUGACGGGAUCGAAAAGACCCCGGAUGGACUGGAGGAUGUGUCCAAGUACCCCAACCUCUUCGCCGAGCUCAUCCGGCGGGGUUGGACACACAACGACCUCUCCCUCCUCGCGGGCGGAAACGUCCUGCGGGUGCUGAACGGCGCUGAGGCAGUCGCGGCCAAGAUGGCCUCGGAGGGCAAGAAGGCGAGUAUGGCGAUCUACAGCAAGCGGACGGAUCUGGACCCGAGGCCGUUCCCGCCGCAAUAG